ACAGAGCGGUUGGUGUAUCUCUAUGGCACAGCAGCUCGACUGUCAAGUGUCACCCUCCUGGAAGUAACCCAACCUCCGCUCACAGCAUCGCCUCACUGACUGAAUCCCGCCCGUGCAGCAGGGGGAAGAGGAGGAGGGGGAAGCAACUGUGUUUCCCCGUUCAGUGAUGUGAACAGUGGGGAGGCUCAGGCUCGGGAUCCGCUACGUCAGAGAGAUUAGUCAAAUAACCUCUUGGGGUAGGACGUACCUCCCCCACCUCCCCCCUUUGGGCUUGCCUGGCUGCAUGCAUGGUCUCGAGCGGCGACACAGACAACGCUGACAGAUUGCCAGGAAGCUUGUCGAAAUACAGAAGUGCACUACUUUCUUUCCUGCCUUCUUUUUUUCUUUCUUUCUUUUUUGGCUGGGUGAGACGGCUGUGGUGCUCCUCCAGCGUCCUCUCCGCGUCUCCCCCCUCCCCACCUCCCCCCCGUGCGAAAUGGCGAAAGAAAACGGCGAGUGCAGCGAUGGAUCUUGGAAAAAGCAUGUCGAUGAUAUCAAGAAGAUAUUUGACUUCAAGGAAGUCCUCGGCACCGGUGCGUUUUCUGAAGUGGUGAUGGCCCGGGAGAAGGCCACAGGGAAGAUGGUCGCAAUCAAGUGCAUCCCCAAAAAAGCACUCAAGGGGAAGGAGACAAGCAUUGAAAAUGAAAUUGCCGUCCUAAGGAAGAUAAAGCAUGAGAAUAUAGUGGCUCUGGAAGACAUCUAUGAGAGCUCAAAUCACUUGUACCUCAUAAUGCAGCUGGUGUCUGGAGGUGAACUGUUUGACCGCAUUGUGGAAAAAGGCUUCUACACAGAGAUGGAUGCCAGUCGGCUCAUUCGGCAGGUUUUGGAUGCCGUAAACUAUCUACACUCCAUGGGCAUAGUGCACAGAGACUUAAAGCCUGAGAACCUGCUGUAUUUCAGUCCUCAUGACGAGUCAAAGAUCAUGAUCAGUGACUUUGGCCUGUCCAAGAUGGAGGGGUCAGGUGGCGUAAUGGCCACAGCCUGUGGGACUCCGGGAUACGUGGCCCCUGAGGUUUUAGCACAAAAGCCCUACAGUAAGGCUGUGGACUGCUGGUCCAUCGGGGUCAUCGCUUAUAUACUGUUGUGUGGUUACCCUCCUUUCUAUGAUGAGAACGAUUCGAAGCUUUUUGAGCAGAUUCUCAAGGCUGACUAUGAGUUUGAUGCGCCGUAUUGGGAUGACAUAUCAGACUCCGCCAAAGACUUCAUCGGCUGCCUAAUGGAGAAGGACCCUGAGAAGAGAUUCACAUGUGAUCAGGCUCUUCAGCACCCCUGGAUUGCUGGAGACACUGCUCUCUGCAAGAACAUACAUGAAUCAGUCAGCAGACAGAUGCGAAAAAACUUUGCUAAAAGUAAAUGGAGGCAAGCGUUUAAUGCGACUGCUGUGAUCCGCCACAUGAGGCGCCUGCAGCUGGGCACCAGCUUUGGCAGCAGCAUCCAAAGCUCCAACUCUAUGUCAAGCCCUCAGAGCCGAGCUCCAGCCAAGAGCCAAUCUGUGGACUGCGCUCCACUCUCCCUGAAGAACUGUCCUCCCAUAGCUCCUCUGUCAUCUGCCAUUAAAGUACACAAUCAGGACUCUGAUUGUGCACCCUCUGCCGUUACACAAGAGGAACCUCUGCCGGUGGCUGAGCCGCCCCGGCCGCGACCCUCCACCGUUACUGUCAUCCACACUGGGACUAAAUGACGCCAGGUUCCGCGGGAGGUGAGCUGGGAGACCACAGAGCUUUGAGAGUAGGGGGACAGGGAAAAAAACCUACCCCAGGCCUCGUUAUUCAAAGUCGUCGCCCAGUUUGACCAUCCCGCUGCCUCCCAUCUGUGUCUGCCAAAACACGGGAGGAAUUUGAGGAGCAUUGGUUUGGCUCCAUUUAGCAUGGCUCAGCGUGGCACCCCCUGCUUCCCUUCCCACUGUCAUACAGACCUGGAAGUACAGAGGGGGCAGAGACUCACCUGAAAUUGUUAUUUAUCAGGAUGACUGUUGUCUGGCAGCCAUACGAACAGCUGUCGUUGGGAGAUGCCACACCAAAGGGAACUUCAUCGAAGCUGCUGUCAGUUUUGACUGUAAUGGGACAUUCUGCUGUAUGCCUUGUGUAAAUAUCCUGCCUGGAACUGUUGUGUGGAGUCAUGUUAUGCAAGUGAAAUAUAAGCUUCAAGCUGUGGUAAAUAAUUGUGAUCACCUGCACUCUGAACUUCUUAUUGUUCAGACAGCUCUAGUUAAUUUUCUGUGGUAUUUGCUGCAAUGGCUCACAGCGUCAUAACUUCCAACAGUUUGACAGUCAGUGUUUUGUCUUUGCUUUGUAGCAUAAGGAGUGUCAAAACUAAACCGGAUGAUGUGCAUAAAUCACGGAGAUUGCAAAGAGGAUUGCACUUAUGUAUUGGAAUAUUUAUUUUCUUACUAUAUAUCAUGAGUUUUGUAAGAGUACCACUUGGGAUCAUUUGUAAAUGUACCACAAGACUGGACUACAAGUUCUUGCAUUGUCUAAUGAGGAUGUGAUAUUUAAUAGUUGUUACCUUGUGAUUGCUGUUUUAUUUGAAGAAUUCAUUUUGGCAUUACUGUGAAGGUUUCCUGGACCACAGGAGGGCGCCACGGGUUGUUGCUUUAUGACCAGUUCUCAGGGAUUUACAGGGACAUGAACAUGAAGCUAACCAAACACUUCUGCAUGAUCAGACACUGCUUUUCCAUUCAAAUUGUUGAAAAGUUAAGACCUCCAAAAACUGCAUGCGAUAUACUCCUAAUGAGCCAUUUGGGACUGAUAUUUAAGUUCUUUAAACUCAUUAUUCCUGACACAAUGUUUUCACCUUUAAACAUUUUGAAUUAUAUUUGGAUGUAAAGAAAGUGUUCACCAGUAAUGUGUGCAUUCAUGUCUGUAGUCAAAUUAUAAAAAGACAAAUGAAUGCAAAUGCUUCCUGGUGAUUUUCACUCCCACUGCAGAGUCAGAUCGGUGAGAUCAGUCGUGUACAGUUGAGUAUUUAAAUAUCGUGCUCUGCUUCCGCUCAUGAAGUGGCUGCUCUGGGAACAGCUCAGUUGCUCUGUGUUUAAUCACUGUGCUUUCAUACCAGCCUGUUGAAUUUAGCAGAAAGACUAUUUAUCCUUCUCUUUCCCACUCGCUCUCUACAGGCUUCCACACAGAGAAGAAAAGGGAUCUGUCUUUGUAUUUUUCUCUGUGGUACUUCUAUUUAAUUACAAUCACACAACAUGAAUGUGGGAAAAGGAAAAAAAUAUAUACAAAAGGAUGCUCCACAAAAGCAUGCCCAAUGUUGAGGGCUUUGCCACCUUUAAACAUCUAAAGAAAUGUAGUGAAUAUUAAAAUGGAUUUUAAACCUCUACUUACUGUAAAUACAAAGCUGUACAAUG